AUGUCGCAUGGGAGCACUUCGGAAGGUAGUUCCUCAUCUGCACAGUCAAGCCGGCAGGUUGACGGAACAGCUGCUUCCAGCGGAAAGGCUGGUCGCAGGCGCAAACGUCCUGUUCAAGACGUGGUAGAGGGCUCUGCACGAGUGGACGGGGAACCCGACGCACCUCCGGCGCCAUCAUCGGACGACGAUCCAAACGUGGCUCUCCCCAGACGUAACCCAGUCUACGCUCAAGACGAAGAUGGUGCGGAAGCGGAGAACAAUGCUGAUGCCGACGCAGAAGAGGAUGACGCCGGCGCGAGGCGUGAUCCCAAUAACGCACCGGUCACUCGUGAGGAGCUGCAGAGCAUGAGGGAGCUCCAUGAGGAGACGGCACGUGCGAUUGCAAGGUUGGAGACAGCGUUCAUUGCGAAGCCCAAGGAAGACGGCAGUGCUAAGAAGAGGAGGAGGCGCAAGCGCGGCUCCGGCAAGGGAAAGCGCCGGAAGGCGCGGCGGGCAUGCUCCACGUCAGAGACGGCGUCCGAUGAGGAGGGGGGGUUCGACGACGAGGACGAGGGCCACCUUCGUCACUCCCCAUCUGCCAUUAUGCAGGAGGCGCUUGACCUACUCCCGACCGUCAAAGGCUGGAAGGAAUUAUGUGAGCAGGCGCGCACCGAGCUGUUCGUUCGGCGCUCCAACGCACAGCUGACCUAUGCAAGCGUGGCUCUCGCGGCGUGCAAGGCACGUCGGGUCGACCUGAACAGGUCGUGCAGCGACUGGAAGACAGCGGCGGCAGGGAGAGUCCGAGACAUCGGCCUGCCGAAGAUUGGACUUUUUCGCCACGAACGAGACAUGAAGAGUCCAUGGGCGACCAAGGCGAGGCGCACCCUCUCCCGGAUCCGAGAUAGGCUCGGCCUUGGCGACGUACCGGCGGGAAAGCUGCGGCUGUCUAGCUGGAGUUGCUCCCGUGAAGCGAUGCCGUUCGCGUCUGGGGCGUUUACGGCCUGCGCGCGUGCGGUGUUCAAGCCAAGGAUGGUCAACGGGACUGUGACACUGAAGCUCUACCACGUGGCAUGGCUGGAGCACGUGGUACGCAAACACCGUGGUCAUUUAGACUACCGACAAUACCUGGGCGAGUGUCCUCACGUGCGCGUGUAUGUGGUUUGCCGUGCGCAGGUGACAGAUGCGGUCAAUCACUGGGAGGAGCGCCAGGGUCGCUUCGCCAACUCCGCGAGCACCAACGCGCAGAUAGUGGACGGCCUCCACGUCCUUGUCAAGGCUGCUGUUAGGGCCGCCAUUGCGGAUUUCCGACCAGCAUACGACGAGGCGUCCCAGAGCUGGGAGUGGGGCCGCCAUGGUCUCCGCAUCUCGGCCGACGGCAUCGCCGCCGUCGAAGCAGUGACCGCAGAGGCAAGCGUCAGUCGCGGUACUCCGCAGGCCUAA